AUGACUGAAAAAGAAGAUUGUACUAGAAGUGAGCAUCAUGUACUGUCAUUAACCAGAGUAUUCUUUACCUGCCUAUUCCAGUGUGGCAAAGCACUUCCUGGCCUUUCCAAGCAAGAAGACUGCUGUGGAACCGUGGGUACUUCCUGGGGUUUUAACAAAUGCCAGAAAUGUCCCAAGAAGCCGUCUUACCAUGGAUACAGUCCUAUGAUGGAAUGCCCACAAGGCUACAAGAGGAUCAAUGCUACAUUUUGUCAAGAUAUCAAUGAGUGUCAGUUACAGGGAGUAUGCCCUAAUGGUGAGUGCUUGAAUACCAUGGGCAGCUACAGAUGUACCUGCAAAAUGGGAUUUGUGCCAGAUCCUACCUUCUCAAGAUGCAUACCUGAUAAUCCUAUAGUUGCUGAAGAGAAAGGACCCUGCUACCGGUUUGUUAGUGCAGGAAAGCAAUGCAUGCAUCCUCUUUCUGUUCAGCUCAGCAAGCAGCUUUGCUGUUGCAGUGUUGGCAAAGCCUGGGGCCCACACUGUGAGAAGUGUCCGCUUCCAGGAACAGCUGCUUUUAAGGAAAUCUGCCCUGGUGGAAUGGGUUAUACGGUUUCUGGCCCUCACAGAAACAAGCUAUAUCAUCACCCUGCAGUUAGAGUACAGCCACCUGUCAUUGGCAAGACCCCGAUUACUCAACCUGUUGCUAAAGGUACUUCUCCUCCACCUCUCCCAGCAAAGGAAGAGCCAGUGGAGGCACUGACCUUCUCACAGAAAAGUGAGACUGAGAUGGCUGUGCAAGAAGUGGCAACUGCAGCCCCUGAUCAGGAAUUAGCUUCCCUUGAUCAAGAAAAGCAGCCUGAUCUAGAGCCUGGGCAGCCUCAGCUUUCUCCUGGAAUUUCAACAAUUAACCUGCAUCCACAGUUUCCAGUAGUGAUUGAGAAAACAUCUCCUCCUCUGCCUGUUGAAGUUGCUCCUGAAGUCUCUACUUCAAGUGCAAGUCAAGUAAUUGCACCUACUCAAGUUACAGAAAUCAAUGAAUGUACAGUUAAUCCUGAUAUCUGUGGAGCAGGACACUGUGUUAAUUUGCCUGUGGGAUACACUUGCAUCUGCUACGAGGGGUACAAACUUAACGAUCAGCAGACAAAGUGCUCUGAUAUUAAUGAGUGUAAUCAGGCACCCCAUCUCUGUUCUCUUGGACGCUGUGAAAAUACAGAAGGAAGUUUCCUAUGUAUUUGCCAAGCUGGAUUCAUGGCCAGUGAAGAUGGAACCGACUGUGUUGAUUUUGAUGAAUGUUCAAGACCUCAUACUUGCGGGGAGGGCUUUUGUAUAAAUACUGUUGGCUCAUACAGAUGUGAAUAUUGUGAUAGUGGAUACCAAAUGAACAGGAGAGGUGAAUGUGAAGACAUCGAUGAAUGCCUGACUCCAACUACUUGUCCAGAUGCACAGUGCAUUAAUGCUCCUGGCUCUUACCAGUGCAUUCCUUGCAGAGUGGGAUUCAGAGGCUGGAAUGGACAGUGUCAUGAUAUAGAUGAAUGUCAGUAUGGCAAUCUCUGUACAAAUGGGCGUUGUGAAAAUAUGGAGGGGUCUUUCAGAUGUAUUUGUGGCCAAGGUUUCAAACUCUCUGCAUCAGAGGAUCAGUGUGAAGAUAUAGACGAAUGCCAGCACCGAUCACUCUGUACGAAUGGACGCUGCAGGAACACAGAAGGAUCUUUCAGAUGUAUUUGUAGCCAAGGCUACACAUUAUCAUCUACUGGAGAUCAGUGUGAAGAUGUUGAUGAAUGCCUUCAAGACAGUGGUAUUUGCCUUGGAGGAAACUGCAUGAAUACUGACGGGUCUUACAAAUGCACUUGUCCAGAUGGUUUCCAGCAGAUAGCGAAUAGGGGAUGUCAAGAUAUCAAUGAAUGUGAGAGAUCUGACCUCUGUUCACCUCACGGGGAGUGUCUAAACACGGAUGGUUCCUACCAGUGCAUAUGUGAGCGGGGCUUUUCUGUGUCUGCAGAUGGCCAAACAUGUGAAGAUGUUGAUGAAUGUGCGAAUGGCACAAUAUGUGGCAGUCACGGGUUCUGUGAAAAUAUGGAUGGCUCCUACCGCUGCCUCUGUUACCAAGGGUAUCAGGACUCACAGGAUGGGCAAGGGUGUACGGAUGUGAAUGAAUGUGAAAUGCUGAGUGGAGUAUGUGGCGAAGCCCUCUGUGAAAACGUCGAUGGUUCUUUCCUGUGCCUGUGCUCUGAUGAAAACCAGGAGUAUGAUCCAAUGACCGGACAGUGUCGCUUCCGUACCUCACCAGAAUUACCUAUAGAGGCUGAUCAACAUGAAGAUGGAAAGAAGGAGUGCUACUACAAUCUGAACGAUGCCAAUUUCUGUGACAAUGUGCUUACAUCCAAUGUAACCAAACAAGAAUGCUGCUGUACUUUGGGUGCUGGCUGGGGCGAUAACUGUGAAAUCUUCCCAUGCCCUGUCUUUGGAACUGCUGAAUUUACUGAUUUGUGUCCUGAAGGAAAAGGUUUCAUUCCCUCUGGAGAAUCAUCUUACGGGCUUCUUGCUCAGAAUUAUAAAGAUGCUGAUGAAUGCCAACUCUUUGGACAAGAAAUCUGUAAAAAUGGCUUCUGUUUGAAUACGCAGCCAGGUUACGAGUGCUACUGCAAACAAGGCACAUACUAUGACCCUGUUAAGCUCCAAUGCUUUGACACGGAUGAAUGUCAGGACCCAAACAGCUGUAUUGAUGGCCAGUGCAUUAACACAGAAGGAUCUUACAACUGUUUCUGUACACACCCAAUGGUUCUGGACGCAACAGAAAAGCGAUGCAUCAGACCAGCAGAUUCAAGUGAACAAACUGAAGAAACAGAGGUCUAUCAGGAUCUUUGCUGGCAGCAUCUAAGUGAUGAUUUUGUUUGUAGUCGACCUCUGGUUGGAAAGCAGACUACAUAUACUGAGUGCUGUUGCCUAUACGGUGAAGCCUGGGGCAUGCAGUGUGCACUGUGUCCUAUGAAGGAGUCAGAGGAUUAUGCCCAGCUGUGCAACAUUCCUGUUCCAGGAUCUCGACGGCCAUAUGGACAAGAUGCUUUGGUUGACUUUGAGGAGCACUACACUCCAGAAACUAAUCCAUACUUUGUUGAAGACCGUUUUCUGAACAGCUUUGAGGAGUUACAAGCAGAGGAAUGUGGUAUUCUGAAUGGAUGUGAAAAUGGCCGAUGUGUAAGGGUCCAGGAAGGCUACACCUGUGACUGCUUUGAUGGUUAUCACCUGGACAUGGCCAAAAUGACUUGUGUUGAUGUGAAUGAGUGCAACGAGCUGAACAACAGGAUGUCUCUCUGCAAGAAUGCCAAAUGCAUUAACACAGAAGGUUCGUACAAGUGUUUGUGUCUCCCAGGGUACGUACCUUCAGACAAGCCAAACUACUGCACACCGCUGAACUCAGAACUAGACAGUGAACUGGAGUAGAGGAAAAUCUCCAUAUCCUAAGCCCAUAUACUCUGCACUGUAUAAAGAAAAAGAAGAAAAGUAUUUAACUUGAGAAGAGAAGGCACCAGAGUAGCAAACGUAAGGGGAGAAAAGAAUUAAAAUGUGUCAAAGGUGAGACAUGAUGGGCUGACUGUAUAUCAGCUUCACUGAAGUGACAGACCAAAUGGACACAUUAUGCUGUAUGAAAGAACCAAUCAAGUAUAUAGUGUGUUCAUAAGAAAAAAAGUAUCUUUGAAAAUAAGCAAAAACAGUGCUGUUAUUUUAAACAGAAGAGCUUUGGUUUUUUUGUUUGUUUUUUUUUUUUUUUUUACUAUUGCUUGAUUAAUUUGGCAUUUAAAUAGUGAUGGAAAUAUUUUAUAUUACUACGUCAUUUUUUGAUUGUUCAGUUCCUUGCCUACUGUUUCUUUUCAGACCUUUUUUCUGAUCAGUACAAAUUCUAUGAUACAGAUAUUCUUAGGCCAUUUUAUAAGAACUGUUACACAGGGUAAUGCUCCUCCUUCUCUGGAACAUUGGUCAGUGACUUUUUUUUAAUUUGCUAGUUGUCUGCCCUGUGGAGCAGGCACCAUUUGUUUUCAAAUGUUUAUAUACCUUGGCGAAAAGUCCUUAUAUUCAUUUUGUAUUCUGUAUGGUUGUUACUGCACUUAAAGUCUUUAGAACCUUUCUUGCCAAGUUCAAAGCUGCUAGUGGACAACAUUGGAUUCCUUUUGUACAUUAAAACAAAAGAUUUUAGCUCACGUCUGUAUUGUAAUGUGUAAAUUGAACACAAGAGAGAUCUUGUAUGAUUACCCUAACAUAUUAAAGCUGUAUAUUAAAACUCAAUAAAAUCACCUUUUUUUUUUUUUAGAAAAA